ACUGCUUAAAGUAAAGCAUAAACAAUACAGCCCAAGUUAUCCCAAACCGAGCAGAUCUAUGGUCAGUGGCAAUGCGGUCGUAACUAUCCCUACUUUUUUUGAAUGUGUAAGGCUACAUUAUUUAAUGCUUCCGUUCCUUUCUGCAGGGGGUAAGGUCGCAAAUGAAGACUAUGACUGCUAUUUCUGGCAUUUGGAACAACCAUAUAGAGGCUGCCUUGUUUAUUUAGUGAAAGUCACCAAUCCUGUUGGUUGUAUUUGAGUUGUGCACUUUGAUAUUGACAAAUAAACUCACUAGAAAACUUCGACGAUGGCAAGUAGUGGUUGCCAUCCGUGUGUGGAUCUUCUUAAUAAAGAUGAACUUUUGGAAACACUCCAAAGACCAGAAUAUGAUUCCGUUUGGAAUUCGUUUGUCUUCCUGCAAAGGGUAAAUACAGGGUGUUUGUUUGUGUUAGAAUAUGAAGCAAACAGUGAAAAAUGUCAAGCAUUUCAGUCGAUUUCAAAGGAGCCAAAGGAACAGACAUUGUUUUGAAUUUGGUGAAUGAUGGACAGUUUAGUUCAUUGUAUGAACUUUACAACAAAGCGUCUGUUGACAAACAUCCAAGUAUCAUUGUUAAACACAUCAAGUCCAUUCCAAUGGGUUCAACACUCAGCACUGUUCCUGUCACUCUUUCAUAUGAACGACAAGUCCUUCAGAAGCUAGAUGAGUUCAAUCUCAAUAAUAAAUCCCUCAGGAUGUAUCUUCAUGUUCCAGAUAAAGCAUUUGCAUUUCUCGAGAAGUUCCCACUUCAGCAUAGUCUAGGAGAGAGACUGAAGAAUAAAGAUUUUUCUCUAGAUUUAGCUGCAGCUAUUGUUGACAGUUUGGCAACAAUUCAUAAAGCAACUCAUUUACAAUAUAAUAAAACAGAGUAUCUUGAAGAUCUAGAAGCACAAUUACAAACACAUCAUCGCCAAGACAUUAUGGAACAGCUUACAUUUGUGGCACCAUACCAAAAAAACAACAGAUUAAUUGAAAAAGACGAAACCCUUAAAAGAGUGAAUGAGAAACCCAUUGUGUCAACAGCAGUAAAAGACAUGAAGAAUGUUUUCCAUUUUACCAAGGAAUGCUUAAUUCAUGGAAAUCUCCAAUUGGAUUCCAUUUAUUUCACCUCUUCAAAUAAUGCUUAUCUGACUAACUUUGAAUUUUCCCACAUUGGCCCAGUAUCAUAUGAUAUGGCAUGUCUUCUUGUUAACUACAUUACAUUCUUUUACUACCAUCUUGAGCACUUUGACCAGCCAGACAUCAGUAGUCAGUUCAGCCAAUGUUUGAUUGAAUUCAUGAAGAUUUCAGGAUUAAAGUACAGUGAAUUAAUGAAGCUGAAAUCAGAUCAGAAAUUUUGGUCUGAGGUUGCUGGAUUCACUGGAUGUGAAAUUAUUAAGCGACUUCUGGAACCAUUCCAUUUGAAAACAUUGCAAGGUUGUCAGCAUGCAAGGAAAGACAUGCUAGAAGUGGGAUUUCGGCUUUUAUAUGCUUAUAAGAACAUCAGUUCUAUAGACAGUCUUCUCAUUAUAGCUUUUAUGUUGGUUUAUUAAGUUAAUGAAAUUAAUCAUUUUCAUUCAAAACAAGUCAAGAAAUUCAAAGUAAAAAGACAAUGGAAUGGAAAUAAGUUGUGAUCUAUGAAAGUAAAAUCUUUCCAAAAAUGAUUGUUUCUUGGCAUUCAAAGAUACCAGUUUUAGUAUUCUUACCAUGCUUCUAUUAUUGGCAAAAAUUAUAAGGGACACUAUUUAUUAUCCAGAGAAUGUAUGGUCUCCUCUGCCAACAUGUCUGUAUUUGAUGCCAUGAUUAUACAUGUGUGUGUAUGCAUAUUUAUGUAUGUAUUUAUACCCUUAUGCAGAACUCAUACCUCCUACACAGUGAUCCCUCACCAUAUUGCACACACAGUACAUCACAGAUUUGUCUGGUAAAAUAUAUGUAAAUUUAUAUCGUGGACUCCUCAGUAUAUCCAGGUUUCUGCAGCUGAUAGGUAUUUAUAUCUUUUUAGAUUUUAAUUAUUUCUGUGAGAGCUUUUGGAAUGCAACACCCACUGUAGUUGAGGGAUUACUGUACAUCCACUGCUCAGUCUGCUUGAGCAAACCAUGCACCUACACAUACAAAUCUAAUCUACUCCUUACACUAAAUCUCUCACACACACUGUCCAUACCUCCUAUACGUAUACACAUGUGAGUGGCUGUGCGGUAAGAAGCUUGCUUCCCAACAACAUGAUUCUGGGUUCAGUCCCACUGUGUAGCACCUUGUACAAGUGUCUUCUACUAUAGCCUCAGGAUUUGGCAGGCAGAAACUGAAAGCCCAUCAUGUGUAUAUAUAUGUAUGUGUGUGUGUGUGUGUGUGUGUGUUUGUCUCCCCACCAUCACUUGACAACCAAUGUUGGUGUGUUUAUGCCCCCAUAACUUAGUGGUUUGGCAAAAGAAAUCAAUAGAAUAAGUAUUAGGCAUACAAAGAAUAAGUCCUGGGGUCAAUUCCUUUAACUAAAACCAUUAUGUCAGUACUCCAGCAUGGCUGCAGUCAACUGACUGAAACAAGUAAAAUAAAAGAAUAUAUAUAUGUAUCCUCAUACAUAUGCUUGCAAUUACAUACAUACAAACAGAUAUUCCUUCACCACUUUCAACAUUAAAACCACAAUUACCUCUCACACAUCCAGUUUGUCAGAGGUCAAACAUGUGAACCUAACCCAUGUGCGUUUUUUCUUGGUUUUUUUCUUAUCUGAUUUAAUCUAGUAAUUGACAAAGGAUUAUCUACAAAACAUACUUUUACCUUCUAAUUGCUUUUCCUCAUAACCCUUCAAGCAGGGUUAUGACUUUUUCACAGCCUAAUAACCCUAUAUUUGAUGAAUAAUUUCAUGAAAAUCAGGAAACUAACAUUUAUUUUGCUUUAUUUGAAAAAAACAUCACCCCCAACUUACGAAAUCGAUCACCAUUUUUGACCCAAAUCUUGCAAAAUUCUAGUGGGGUUUGUAACACCUGCUCAACUUUUUACUAAACUUGGUGUGCUGACUCAAUGCAAUGCAGAAAUACUAGAUCUGAAAUUUCAGCUUUCUAGUUGAAGUAGUUUGGGAGUUAUGGACUUUUUAAACUAUAAUCACUAGGUGUCACUUGAUUCACACUUCAGUAUUUCCGCUGCCUAAAUCCUUGUAAAUUCAAGAGAGAUGUGGAAUAAAAGUGUAUUUAUACAUUUUUAAGAUUACUGAAUUGAAAUCACUCUAUGCAAAGGUUGAAAACUAGGCUAUUUUAAGACAGAGACCACUACAAGCAUUCAAUCAUCAUCAUCAUCGUUUAACGUCCGCUUUCCAUGCUAGCAUGGGUUGGACGAUUUGACUGAGUAACAGCUGGAUGCCCUUACGGUCAGUAAACAUUCAAAAUUAAAAACAAUACAUAUUUUUAACUUUAUAGGUUUAAUUCCAAUUUUAAAUAACUGUAUAAGAAAAAGGGUGCUAAAUGUUAGCAAAUUUUUAAACAUAAAGAAUUAAUGUCUUGUUAGAUAAAAUAAAUCGAAGCUGAAGUUUCUCCUUCUUUUAACAAACAUCAUAAAAAUUUUGAAGGCACUUGAUUGCCUGUUCUGCACUGUGAUUUCGUUCUGGGGAUUUCCAGUUCUGAUGGUUCUUUACUCCAAAGUUUUUAACAGAGUUCAAUGCUUUUUUAUGAACUUGCAGGCUACCACAUAACUUCUGAUAAUCAUGUGCACUGAACAUUUGGUCAGUAAACCAAAAAUCUGCUCAGCUGUAAGAGAUGAAUCAACAAACAUUGAGAAGCAAAACUCUUUUUUGGUGGUAGAAGAAGUAAUGCCAAAAGAGCUAGUAUUGCUCGAGAAUUCCAUCUUGCAUUAAUUAAGUUGGGUAUAUUUUGAGACUUUCCAAUAGGAAAUUUUCCGGUUUCUUCAAAGAAACGAAAAACUCUGGUCAAAUGAAAUAGAAAUUUCAUGUCAUCUUGCUGAUUCAGUAAUCUUUUCUGCACCAUUGUUGAAAUUAGAUUGGAGCUUCUUGUAAUUACUUAGAAGCUCUGGAAUGAAUGUUUAUUCAAUAUUGGGAGAUGAUUUUUUUUCUCCAAGUUCGUUAACCAUUACAACACGAAGAACUCUAUCAAGGAUAUGAUGCUGACAACCAAUAAAUUGCAGUUCUCUCAAACCCUUUUGAGCAAACAGUCUUUGCAACUGAAUGACAAUGUCAUUUCUUUUCCCAGUGAUCACACUCGUAUCAGUGACAAUCAUCUUUACACAGUUCCAUAGAUUGCAUUCAUCUAAAACAGCUGUUAUUCCUUUCACAACAGUAUUGGCUUUUCCGUUUGGUAAUUGGAGUGCUUCUAACUUAGCUUCUCUCUGUUCAUUCUUUAAAACUAGCACUUGGUAUUCUUGGUCAUCAAUACACUUACCAUCAAAAUGCAAUGACCAGUUUUCUAAAUAUAGUGUUUUCUUCAUUUUCUUUUUUAGUUUAACAGCUCCUUUGAUUCCAUCUUGAGAUAAUUGGCGACAAACUAUUGCUGCUUUUUGGGUUGAAAGCUUGGAAGAUAUUACUAACUUGGUUACAGUUCCAGUUUUGCUAAACUUCUUCCUUGUUUGCGUGAAUUCUUCAUCUGAUUUCUCAGACUCUUGAUAUUCCCUUUCAGUCUCUGCUUCAGAUGUUAACGAUGACACUGGAGUUGCUCUGGUUGAAGUUGGCAUUAAGGACACUUUUCUUCUUUUGGAUGGAUGGAUAGUUUUGGAACUGGCCACCUUUUCAGUUCCAUACCCAACCUGAGCCUUGCUUUCAAUUUGAAGAUAAUAUAACCUUCUAUCUUCACUGCACAGCCAUUCACUGUUUUCCUUUGUGAUGUCAAAAAUUCCUUUCAAUGAAUCAUAUUUUCGUCACUUUACACUUUUAUUGUACCUACACUUUUAUUGUAUUCAGCACUUUUUCUACUUUUGCUUGUACAUUUUGAAUUGAUAAAUAUGGGAAUUUAAUUUCUUUUGCCAUAAAAAAAGUUACUUCUAUCGAAAUUUCCUUUUGUUCUUUCUUUCUUUCCUUUGAUGGUACCUCCAAGGAACAGGUAGUGACUGACUAUUUGAAGUUUCAUUGGUAUUCUGCAGUUGUUUUCCAAAGAAUACUUUUUGGAUUUCAUGGAUUAUAAGUUGUAACAAAUACAUAUUUCUACAUAGCAGAAUGCAAAACAGUAAAUAUAGUAUCCUUAAGACAUUGCAUACCAAUUGACUAAUAUCAAGAUAUUAGUCAAUACAAUUGACUAAUGUCUUGAGGUUCUGCAUUGACUAUAAAGAGAAUGUGAGUGUGAACUUCUCUCCAGUGCCGCUGCAAUGGUCAUUGCUGUGGACAUACAUGGUACAUGUGUGAAGUUUUCUGCUUUGCACCUUGACUUUAGACCAUUGUAUUAAAGUUAAUGAUCAUGUUAAAUUUAGUGUUGUUUACAUUUAGUGAUGACUCAUAAGCCAAUAACGUGUCAUGAUAUUGAAUGCCCAAUAUUUGGUACUCUAUGUGAUCUUAGUGAGCAAGUUUUGCCAACUUACAAGGACGUAUCAAAAUGUGUUUUAUUUGAAUGGAAAAAGAAAAUGUAGUUAAGAAAGAUCCUUCAAUUAAACAAAUUGUCAAGAUUGUAGCAGGAAAGAUAAUUCUUCUUUGCCAAUUGUGUUAUGAUUGAGUCAGUUCAACCAAAAAUCUUAAACUUUUAUCUAAAUUACCAUGCAUUACUAAAAUCUGUGAAAAAUAGAAAAAAAUGUGCCAUCGUUUCAAACAAAGUGUAAUGUGUUUAAAAACAAUGCAACAAAAGAUUUAUUUAACAUUUCCUGUAACAAGUGCAACUCCUUUAAAAACUGGAAUUAUUUUGAAUAAAUUAGAAAUGUUAAUUAUUUUUAUCACCAAAAUGUGUCAAGAAUCAAAAAUUGGUUUACAUGUUAUUUUAUUUUAAUGAGUGUCUAAUCUAGACCUUAGGUAACACAUAUAUUCGGUGACCUAGUAUUAAGAAUAAUAAAGAAA